AUGGCAACGGGAUUUCACCAGAUCCCUCUGGAAAAAGAAUCGGUCGUUACGGGGUUUGUCACGCCCGAGAGGCACUAUGAAUAUUUAAAGAUGCCUUACGGUUUGGCCAACUCACCGAUUGUAUAUCAACGCAUUAUAACAAAAACCCUUCGUGAAUUUAUUGAACCUGGUGACAUCCUGGUGUACAUUGACGAUGUUUUGAUUCUCAGUAAGACCAUAAAACAGGGGCUCGAUCUUUUACGCGACGUACUUACGACUUUAACGCAAGCGGGUUUCUCAAUUAAUUUGAAAAAAUGUUCUUUUCUGUCAAGAGAAAUUGAAUACUUAGGCCGUUGUAUAAGUGAGGGUCAGGUACGACCGAGCCGAAAUAAAGUCAAGGCUUUGAUGGAUAGCCCUGAGCCGAAAGGUGUCAAGCAAGUUCGCCAGUUCAUGGGCUUGGCCAGCUAUUUUUGCAGGUAUAUACCUGACUUCGCUCAGAAAACUGCAUGUAUUGCGGUCUUAACACGAAAAGGAGCUGAAUUUAAGUGGGGUGUGGAGCAGCAAUCGGCUCGUAAGGAUAUUAUUGAGUGGAUAACGAGCGAACCUGUACUUGCAGUAUAUGAUCCUUCCCUGCCGAUUGAAGUUCACACAGACGCAAGCUCCAUUGGGUAUGGGGCUGUCCUUAUGCAAAUACACGAGGGUGGGCAUAAGCGAGUGGUAGCUUAUUUCAGCAAAUUGACGCAGGGAGCUGAAAAUAAGUAUCAUUCAUAUGAGCUCGAAACUCUUGCGGUAGUCCGAGCCUUGCAGAACUUCAGGCAUUAUCUUGUCGGUAUACGUUUCACCGUGGUCACUGACUGUAACGCGCUUAAACUUACUCAACGUAAAAAGGAUUUAUUACCCAGGGUGGCCCGGUGGUGGCUGUACCUACAAGAUUUUGAUUUUGGUUUAGAAUACCGUGAGGAUUCCUUUAUGUCACAUGUCGAUUAUUUAAGUCGGAAUCCGGUCAAUGAUUGUUCUGUGGAAAAGCCCCUAAAUUGGGCACGCAUUGCUCAGGCAUCUGAUGAGGAGACUCAGACUCUAAUACAGAAACUAACUGACGGACAGUUAGACCCCUCUCGAUACGUAAUUGAAAACGGUCUUUUGUAUGUUCAUUAUUCCCCUACCGGGGAACAUUCUCGAUUUCUAUGCUACAUUCCUAAGGGACAUAGAUUGAGUUUACUUAGUGUUUCAUGA